CUUCCAACUGCGAGAGACGUUAUUACACCAUGCCAUCACUUCCACCAGUUGUUACAGCCGACUUGUCCGGCAAGACCGUCGCUGUUAUCGGUUCGAAUACGGGUAUUGGUCUGGAAGCAGCGAAGCACUUUGCCAGAAUGAAACCUGCUCGACUUAUCUGUACAUGCCGAAACCAAGCGAAAGCUGAUGCUACCGUCUCCAUCAUUGAACAAGAAACUGGUUAUACCAAGGCAGAAUCUUGGGUUCUGGAACUCUCGGAAUUCACCUCAGUCAUCGCUUUCGCCAACAGGUUCGAGGAGGAAGGAAUUCCCCUCGACAUUCUAGUUUGCAAUGCUGCUGUAGCCCUGGCGAGUUACCAGAAGACCUCUGAUGGCUGCGAGACAGUGGCCGUAAUGAAGACCCUCAAUGAAGAAGGUUCCUUCUGUGACCCAGAGAAGAGAUACAGUGAUAGCAAACUUCUCAACGUGUUAUUCACCCGUGCAAUUGCCCAUCACAUUGGUCCCAAGGCUCCCGUCAUAGUUGACACAGUCAAUCCGGGCUUUUGUGUGUCCGACCUCAGAUGAUACAUUGAAGACCGAGGUCAGUGGGACACUUGGCUAGCCAAUGCCAGGAGUUCGGAGGAAGGCAGUCGUGAAUUGAUCUGGGCUGCGUUGGGACCCCAAGGUGCAAGCGAGGACGACUUGAAGAAGCUCCACGGCGGCUACGUUUCUUCAACACAGUUGGUCGAACCUAGCGCGUGGGUCCGGAGCGAAGAAGGACGCAACGUGCAGGAGGAGAUUUGGAAGGAUACGGUAAAUAUCUGUUCAGGAAUAG